UGACAUAUGCUGAAUAUGUAUCUGUUAUGUAUUUAUUUUAAUUCUUAUUUUAUUAUUAAUUGUUGUAUAUGUGUUGUUUACUUUUCUAUUUUCUUCUGAAUGUUGUAAACUCAUGUGUUUCAUAAUUAUUUGAUAGUUUUUUUUUUCAAACAAAUCCUCACUGUAGAAUGUUCAUUUCACAGUCUGCUUGUUAAUCCUCACAGACACACACACACACACACACACACACACACACACACACACACACACACAGCUUCAUUUGGAUUCACAGACUGAAAUCCUCUGAGAGUUGUAUCAAAGCUUUCAUCGCCCCGUCUCCAUCCCGUCACCAUGGAAACGCCUCAGGGUGUGAUGUAUGUGUGUGUGAGCCAAAGACUGCUGCAGACAAAGAAGCGAGCAUGUGUGUGUGUGUGUGUAUGUGUGUGUGUGUGUGUGUGUGUUUUUCCCUCCUGUUAACAAAGGAAACCUGAAUAUUUUCUCUUUUCUCUCUGUUUGUGUGUUGUGUGUUGUGUGUUGUGUGUUGUGUGUUGUUGGUUGUGUGUUGUGUGUGUUGGACAGACUGAAUCUGUGGCUCUGAUCCAAACCUCCUCCAUUAAACAUUACCAGCUGCAACAUGACCACAAAAUGGACGACAGCGAGCGCAGACACAGCGCACGAUGAAAGCUCUGCUGCUCGCUGUCACAGACCAUCCACCAGCAGCAGCAGAGGACGACUAGCUCCACGCACACACACACACACACACACACACACACACACACACACACACACACACACACACACACACACACACACACACACACACACACACCUACAAACACUGCACAUACUACACUGAUCGUCAUGAGAGUCACUGUGUGCAUCCCCUCCUCCACCUUUAACGACAAAAAAAAUCACGUGUGUAUGUGUCGUCUGUCAUUGUGUGUUAUUUGUGAUUUAUCUGUAGCCUAGAUUUAAUUGUCUCAUUGUGUAGGUCAGUUCAGGGUCUCACAUAUUUUAGUCUGACCUGCUCACACAGAAGGUUACAGCAAACACAUACUGUACAAUGACUUUUUGACAUAUUAUACUACGACAUUAUUUUGACUUACUAUACUAUAUAUUCAUGUGUAAUAGUUUUGGUAUACAUAUGGUCCAUUUUAUGAGGCAUUUUGUACUAUGACAAAUUGUAUAACACUGCUAUAGCAGAGUCUCACUGAUCUCACUGUUCAGGUCAUGGGGGGCCCUGGAGUGUGGGGGCCUUUUUCUAGAAGCUUCUUGUCUUAAUUGAAGUUUUUCAUGUUUAGAAACCAGCCUCUAACUGACUGCAGGACAUCUGUCUCCUGCUAAUAUUCAGUCAAAUCCAUUCUCCCCUCUGUCUGUGCAGUGUUUCCUGGCUGUCACACAGUAACCUCCAAACCAGGACACAUCAAACCAAGACUGUGUGACGGGAAAGAUGCCACUGAUGUCAGAGAGAGAGAAUACGUUUCUCUCUAAUUUGGGUGAAGUGGCCCUUUACUGAAUGGUUUUCUCGUGCGUCCUUCUUGUAGUUUCUCUCUGCCUGAGUGUUUUCAUGACUCUGCUGUCUGCUUGUUAUUCUCAGAGGGAAGCAGAGCAGAGAAAGGACAAACUCACUCGCUCUCUUCAUCUGCGUGCCAGCCCUGCAGCCCGGCAACAGCCAAUCAGAGCACAACACAGAGACGGCUAAAAAGACCUGGUUUCUCUGCAUAGUAACGAGCCGAGGCUGGGACAGGGACAGGGACAUAAACAGAGAUAGAGAUAGUGAUAAAGACAGAGGAGAGAGAGAGUUUCAGGUUCGUCAGGUUCUUGUGGAGCAGAACGUUCAUGUAAAGAACACAGAUGUUGUCUGAUGAAAAGAAGAUGAAACAGAUGAAAUCUCUUUAAAAUGACAGUUUAAGAGACUUUUGGGAUUAUUAUUAUUAUUAUUAUUAUUAUCAUUAUUAUUAUUUAUUUAUUUUUACAUUAUGCACUUGGGAGUUUACAAAUGUCAGAUUUUUUAGGUAAAUGUUGUGAAAAGAGAAGCAGGGACAGAAACAAAUAAACAUAAAUUCAUGAUUAUAAAAGACCAUGUUCAUGCAGUCGAUACAGUAACUGAUCAUUAUUCUGGCAAUAUAAUAUGUCCACUGAUGAUUUUCACUGAAAUUCAAUGUUACACAUAGUAAUGAUAUACUAUUAUAAUAUGUAACUAUUCUAUAAUUUAAAAAUAAAAUAUUAAAUUGAAUUGAAAUGUAAAAUUCUGUCUUUUUUUUUUAAAUUUUUUGCGUAAUUUUCAUGUUUGUGUUUUUUAUAUUGUUUAACCUUUAUGGUUAUAAAACUAUUUGAAUCAUACUUUUAUAUAAAUAAAAUGUGAUAUUGUGAUUUUUGUUCGUGUUAAAUUCAGUGUUUUCAUCAGUGAAAUUAUGAUUAAAAUUUUCAUGAUUCAUUUUGGUUUUAUAGGUCAAAGGUCACACUGAGUUUAACCUGGUGAAUAAUUAAUGAGCUCAGAUGUCAACAAUGAUUUAUUGAAAGUGACUGAUUAUUAAUGAAGUCACAUCUCCACUAAUCAGCUGACUGAUGAACAAAUUGCAGUUGUAUCUGGGGGGUGGGGUUGGGUGGGAAAUGCCUCAUGAAUAUUUAAUGAGUUUCACACAAAUACUGAAUCUGGUUUGUCGAGCUCAGACUGAACAGGGACUGACUGGAUCCAGAGUUUAGUCCAGGAUAUACUUUACUUUACUCCACACAGGACUGAGAUUAAGGACUCUGCCACACCUGAUACUGGACUUUUUUGUUUUUUUGUUCUAAAUAAAAGAAAAAAAUGUAUUCUAUUCUUGUCUUUUAGUUCUGGUCUGGAGUAAAGGUCAGUCAGUGCACAUAAACGUAAUCAUAUGCUGGCUGAGAGCAUGAAUAAUUAAUAUUUAGGCUAGUUUAUAAUCCACAUAAAGUAAAAGAGGCUUUUAUCUAUUGUAAAUUAUUUUCCUGUCAAUUUCUAUUUGGCUUUAGAAAUAUAUUCAGAAAACAGAAACUUUUUCUACUAAAGCUUCAUCCUCAGUUCCUGGUUUCUAAUCCUGAUAAAAAGGACAGAGCUGUGAGUCUGACUGUGGUACUGGACCGGGACCAGUACUGUCCUCUGGUCCUCGUCUGAUGCGGUUUCUGUUGGUGAUGGGUGUGGGGGGUGUGGGGGUGUUUUCCAGGGUAUUCAUCAUGUUGUUAUGAUAAACCAGUUUCUGUUGGAAAUGAUAGUAAUGUGUAACUUUAAACCUGAACUUUUAACUAACCCUUGAGAAACGUGUGGAGCAGACUAAACACCUGGUAAGGAACAACCCAGACACAUCAGCCAAUCAGCAGCUCCGACUCAAACAUGGAGACAAACUGGUUCAACCAGAAACGGGUUCAGCUGAAUGAAAGAAUGUAGAGUCCACAGAGAGAGAGAGAGAGAGAGAGAGAGAGAGAGAGAUUCCAGCGGCUCUGAUCUCAUCCGUCUGAUGCAGGACUCAGACCAGGACUCUUUUGAUUACUUUUAAAUGAAGAAUGAGACACAAACAUAGCGACUGAAACAGCUAUUCUCUCUGAAGACUCCAGUGUUAAACUAAAAACAGUGACUGACUGUGUGUGAGGGAUCAGAGUCAACAUGAAGUGAAAAUCUCUGUUCUGAAGUGAGAACAGAAGCUGAGAAUGAGUCUCACAGAGGAACCUUCACAGGACAGAGUCCAGACAGAGUCUGAGUCACGAGUCCACGAGGACGACUUUGAUCGAGAGGAUCAUAAGGAUGAAGAUGUGAAGGUGAGAGAUCUUCUUCAGACACAUCAGAGGGAGAGAAUGAUGAUCAGCCCGCUCGCUCUCCUCAAAGAGGACUUCAGCCAAUUCAAAGAAGACGUGUUGAAAGUGUUUAAGGACAGAGACACAAAGAUGGAGCAUGAGGACGGCCCGUCCACUCAGGUGGAGAACAGAGCCAACAGCAGUACAUUCAGUCUCCUCAUGGAAGAUCUGAGCCAGUUCAAAGAAGACAUGAGCAGCAUCUUCAACAUCAGCUCGUCCAGGGACAAAGACCUGAAGACCUCAGACCCUAAAACCAGCCAGGCAACAGAGAAGACCUUCAACCCUCUGAGCCUCCUCAAAGAGGACUUCUCUAAUGUCUUUAGAAUCAGUCUAUCAAAUGAGAAAGACAAAAAGGGCCUUGCUGCGAAGGAAGACUCCGCCAAAAUAAAAGUCCAGAAAGCUGAAAGAAUGGAUGACCCCUUAAGGAGUCUGUUUAGAAGAGACCAGAAACUUUUAAAGACCUCUGAGAAAGUAGAGGACAGUCAGGAUGUCAAAAAGACACUAUCAGAAAAGAGCGAGGAACAAAUGGACGAAGGAUUCAGGGGAAAAUUCUCAGAGACAGUGGAUGCUGACAAAAUAAACUCUAUGAAGGAACCGGAGGACAGUGACGUGUCUGAGGAGAAAUCUGAGACGACAACAAGUCUGUCUGAGACACAACAUGAGAAGACGAUGUGCACAUCACAGACAGCUGAUUCCUGUGUGGGAUCAGGGGAAGACGAGGGGAUAAAUGGGGAAAAGAAAGAAGAUAAACCUUCCUGGGAGUCACUCCUCUCCAGCAUCAGUCGCUUUAGUCUGGGUGAUGACCAAAAAGAUGACACGAGGGAUCAGACAGGUGGAGAUGUGUGGUGGGUGAAAAACUUUGCCUGUUAUUUGACCUUUGACCCUAGCACUGCCAACUCAGAGCUCCACCUGACCGACUGCAACAGGAAGGCGACUCGCAUGUGGUCGGACUGUCGAUCCUUGGACCACCCGGACCGGUUCGAGCGCUGCCCUCAGGUCCUGUGCAGGGAGGGGCUGCUAGACUCAGUGUACUGGGAGGUGGAGUGGAGCGGCGGUGCCGAUGUUGGCGUCACCUCAAAUAGCAUUUCCAGAGAUGGAGAUGCGGAGAGCUGUCUGCUCGGACACAACAAGUGGUCCUGGAGUCUGGAGUGCUCUGAAGGAAGCUACACGCCCUGUCACAACAACAAGAGGUUCAGGUCCUCCUCACCUCAACCCUUCACCCACAGAGUUGGGGUGUACCUGAACUGGUCCACCGGAUCUCUGUCCUUCUACGGUGUCUCUCAGGACGCCAUGGUCCACCUCCACACCUUCACCUCCACCUUCACUGAGCCUCUGUACCCAGGGUUCUGGGUGUGGACCUACGGCGGCUCGGUGUCGCUGUGUCAGGUGGAGUUAGACUGGGAGCGACUGCUGCAGUGAACUCACACAGGUUGAGACAUGUGAGACGGACUUCAGCAUCGAGCAAGCUGAUUGGUCCAUCCAGUUCCUGUCUGGAGGUGGGUUCAUAAAUGUCGCUUAGUAACAACCCUUAGGACCCGUUAGUAAAGCAGAUAACCAGUUACCUGCUAACAUGCUCCUUACUAAUUCAAGGGAGACACGAUGUCUUUCAUUGGCCUGACAAACUUCAUUAUAAAUCUUUGAUCUGUGUUCAUGAUCAAUAAAGAAAAUAAAACAAC